AAAAGAGGGAUCCACUGGACCUGAACCAUGUUGAACGGUCGGCUUCCACUCAUCUAUGUCUCCGUGUCCCUAUUAAUGCUGCUUGUAUGCAGUGAGGAGACCAUUGGAGUUAGAUCAGUAGAAAUCUCUGACAACAAUAGCCAGGAAGAAAAGGAGCUGAUAGAAGCUUUACAGGAAGUUCUAGAGAAACUCAAAAGCAAACGGAUCCUUCCCCUGGACAAAAAACUAGGAUGGGUGCCUUCAUGUGAUGCUGGUGAACAAUGUGCAGUCAGAAAAGGAGCACGAAUUGGGAAGCUUUGUAAUUGUCCGAGAGGAACAUCUUGUAAUUUCUAUAUCCUCAAAUGUUUGUAAGGAGUCAAAGCAUCUGAUAUGAAGAGUAACACCAAUGGUAAAAAGAGAAGAAAGCAGAGAUGUUCCAAUUUGUCCAUUUUCACAUUCACUCAUGAUGUCCAUUAAAGGAGAAAAAAAAGUUCAUUUAGUGGAUCUCCAACACUAAUUUAAACCUUAACGGAUACACAGUAAAGACUUGUUCUCACAUUCUAAACUACUCCUCCUUUCUGUACUUGUAAUUGUUUUGUCCAUUGGUUUCCUAGUGAUCUUGAAAUAUUGGGGAUCAGCACUAAAUAUGUGUAAAGCUUUUGCUCUAUAACGUUUUUAAAAUAAAUAUAAGUACUGUAUAA